UGCUGUGGAGGGGGUGACGUGUGCCGGGAACAGUCGAGUCCCUUCGGCUGUUUCCGACCUGGGCCGUGACGUCAAGCGAGUGCGACGACAGCGGCGGCUCAGUCCAAUCCCGAGAUGGAAGGGAACAGGGACGAGGCGGAUCGCUGUACGGAGAUCGGUUUGAACGCCUUGAAACACGGCAAGAGGGAGGAAGCGCUGAAGUUCUUGCGGAAAGCUCAGAAGCUGUUCCCGACGAAAAAGGUUAAAGAAUUGAUAGAAACUCUGACCCAGAAUGGCCACCCAUCGAGUAACUUCAGCCAAUCACAUGCCACAGAUUCAUCGGCAUGUCACCAAAGAAAAGGAAACCAAGGAAGCAACUCUGGGGGGUCAGAGGCAGCAGGAGAGGCUGCAAAAACCUACACACAGGACCAGGUUGAGGCUGUGAAGAGAAUAAAGAAGUGUAAAGAUUACUAUGAAAUCCUAGGGCUGAGUAAGGAUACCUCAGAGGAUGACUUGAAGAAAGCUUAUAGGAAAUUGGCUCUAAAGUUUCAUCCUGACAAGAACCAGGCCCCAGGUGCCACAGAGGCAUUCAAAGCUAUUGGGAAUGCAUACGCAGUACUCAGCAAUCCAGAGAAACGGAAACAGUAUGAUCUAUAUGGCGAUGAGAAACAGGUAACAUCUAGGCACAGCCACGGUGCCUCUGACUACCACAGAGGUUUUGAGGCAGACAUCUCACCUGAGGACCUCUUCAAUAUGUUCUUUGGAGGCGGGUUCCCAUCUGGUAACGUUCAUGUAUAUAGUAAUGGGCGAAUGCGCUAUACGUACCAGAGACCUGAGCGUCAGGAGCGUCGUGGUGAUGGUGGGUUAGCGCUCUUUGUACAGUUAAUGCCGAUCCUGAUCCUGAUUAUCGUCUCUGUGAUCAGCCAGAUGAUGGUGUCAAAUCCUCCCUACAGUCUUAGUCAGAGACCGUCAGUGGGCCAUAUUUACAGGCGGGCAACAGAAGUGUUAAAGGUGCCCUACUAUGUGGCGGAUAGCUUUGCAGAAGAAUACAGUGGACAGAAUCUGAAAUUAGUGGAGCGGAAUGUGGAGGAGGAUUUUAUUGCCAACCUGCGGAACAACUGCUGGAAGGAAAAGCAACAGAAAGAGGGAUUGUUGUAUCGAGCCCGGUAUUUUGGGGAUUCGGAUUUAUACCAUAAAGCACAAAAAAUGAACACACCGAGCUGUACUAGGCUAUCACAGGUUCAGGCUUCCCUGCACGGUUAGAACAGCGUCUACAUCAUCAAUAAUCGGAGGCCAAGUAGAGUAUUGGAGCUUGAAGAUUUUAACAAACCCUCAAAUUCAUCUGACUGGAUGUAAUUCGCCAGCAGCAGUGCUGAGAUUAUUCACAGCGUAAGAGUACCACACUGGAUUUUUGUUUAUGAACUGGAGUAAGCAGCCCAAGGUCUCCUGGACAGAACACUGGUGUGGAGACCAAGAAAUACUCCACUUUGUGGAAACCUGGGACAGUGGAAAAUGUGAAAGACAUGACUACGCAUGAACCAAGUUUGUACACAUGCACUAGUCACUUCUAAUGAAGAGAAUCGAGAAACCUGAAUUAAUGAUCUGGAGAUUAUUUAUAGUUGUAUAUACGUUGUACUUUUAACUAUGCAGGGGCUGAAAUCAGUUGUAAGUUAUUUUGCUCUUCUAUAGAAAUAAACCUGUAAUGUGAGUAAUA